UUUCACCUUCAUUCUGUUGUGUCUUGUAAUACGAUGCUUUUCUCAAUAUCUAUGUAGACAAUGCCUGCCAAAAAUCCUUGAAACAACCGGCGAUCGAGUCGAUUGUCAUGUCUUUGCCAAUACAAUGGCAUUGCAGUUCCUUCUCCAAAAAGGUGCUUUAAAAGUUGAGAGAAUUCGUUAUAAGCCAAAUAUGAAAUAAUCUUUCUUAACAUUUUCUCUCCUUUAUAGAAAACCUUGCGACUUACGGGGAUAGAACGGAAUAAUCAAACUUAUUAUUAGCAGAUGACGUAAGCGUUCAAUACGUCUGGAACAGUGGUCUGGCACAGCAAAUGUUUCAACAAUAACAGCCAUACCUAUCUUAGUGGUUUCCUGGUGCAGUGCAGGUCGGAAGCUGUUAGUUAUUGACCAACACAGCAGAAUAUCAAGCGAAGAGGAAGAGAAAUUUCGAUUUUUACUUUCCAGGGAACGUCCACCAGAGUCAUUUUACAAGGAAGUGAGUUUUGGUUUUUUCCUUGCGAACCAAGAAAUUUGCAAGCGAUGCGCACAACAGGCUGAGAAUUCACGAAGUCUUCAAGUGUUUUCAUUCUCCGAAAAGUGUAUCUUGUACAAGAAAAGUGACAAAGUAGCCAGAUAGUUUAUGACAAUGAUAAGGACAAACGAAGAAUUGAACUCAAUGCGAACUCCAUUGUUGCACGAUGAUGCAUUGGCAAGUGAAGAACAGUCACUUGACCCAGUAUAUGAUGCAGCUUUGGACGUGGAGACAUUUACGAUGCACUACAUACAGUUCAAGAGGAACGUAUUAAAAUCACAACAAAGGGCGGAUGGCCAAUCAAUGCAGAGAAUUCGGAAGCAGGACUCCACAGUCGUUAUAGAAAUAGCAAUGCUUACACUGUCACAGGUUGCUGACAUAAAAGUGUAUGUAAAACGAAUCAAAGAGAUAGUAAACCCGCCAAUUGGUUCUGUUGAGCUUGAAGUUGAGAAGAAGCACCCGACAUGCGACAAGUAUGAGCUGACAAUCAAUUUGGACUCAGUAUUCUCGAAGGACGGUCGGCCGGUGUAUGCUUUAGCAAAGAGCAACACUGAGGAACGGAAUCUGUUUUUUCUGCGGGUUGAAGUUAUCUUCAUCGAUGGCUCAAAAAGUUCACAGAAUACAGAGCCAUUUAAAAUCGUUGGGAAAAUGAAAGAAGUGUCAUGUCAAAAGGAACCAGACGAAGGAGAUCAUCUCGAGCAAGUUGCUUACCAACCUCUAGCUUUUUCAAACGCCAAUGGCCAUGGCAAAAAGAGAAAAUCAGAUUCAAUUGAAACUGUGCCACAUGCAGAUUCACUGGAAAGAAUUCUACAGUUCCUUAAAGAAGGCGAACCUUUGUCUGCUGGGCCGAGGACUUCCCUUUGUAGAGAGAAACUCAUCGAAGCUUCAAAAAUUGUCAGUGAAGAAAUCAGAUCAAAGACAGCGUUUAUCGAACAGCUGUAUGGAGUGCAACAAAUAAAUACCCCACGAGGGGACAUAGCGUAUCAUUUUGUUAUCAGAAAUCCUAGCGAUUGCCCUUUUUUUAAGGAAGGUGAAAUUGUUGGCAUUUUCGAAGGGAUAAAUAAGGAAGCAGUGUUGGACAAACUGUCCAGCAGAAAUGCACAAAAGUCGAUCACACGAGGUGUGAUAACACGGUCGCACUAUAUUGCAGCAAAGACCAAAGCCAGUGGUAUCACAGAAACAAUUUGCAUGUUUGGGGUGGUUCCCGUGCGUGUUAAAGGUUCUGUUGCGAGCGGAGAAGCUCUUUAUUGCUCCGAAAUUGAACCUGGCGUGGCUGUUAGUGGCAGGCAGCUGAAAAAUUCACAAACCAUACCCAAUGCAUUGAUUGGAAUUGCGCUGGAAACCUCUGGAGGCUUUUACGACGAGAUUCAUUUGGUUGAGAGUUUGGUUUCAUUAACCAUGGAAGUUUUUGGAAACUUAAUGGACAGGAACAUGAAACAAAUAAACCGAAAUAUUGACAGCAAAGUGGACAGCAUUAAGAAGUCAAGGAAAAGGCUACAUAAAAGAUUGCGUCUUUGCUUUGGCAUUUCUUUCGUCUUCUGUUCUUUGCUUGCGAUUCUUUUUUGGCAGCUUUUCGUGCCAUGCUCUGCUUUCAAGUACUGGCAAUGCAGACAGGGGAUGAUUGCUAAGCAACAAGCCUCGUUUUCGUACAGAGAAUUGAGCACAGCAUACAAGGAAACCAAAAUUUCUGGAAUCGAAUUUACUUGGGAAAAGCUUAUAAAGAAAACUGACCUUGGGGGCGCAAAGGCAAUUAACAGUACAGGAUUCCAUUACUAUUUGAACCUCAAGGUUUGCGCCUGUGGUGACAAAGCUGCUGGGCCCAGCGCGUUUGCUGCCGAUGUUUCCUGCACUCAUCUGUACUUCUACUCAAGCUCCUGUAUGAAGUGGUGCAGAUACUAUAGUGCGAAGAACAUUGUUUGUCACCCUUUUUACCCCUGGGGAUCGAUGAGUACCCUAUUAAAGGAAAAGCUGUGCUGGAUCACAGCAACUCUCAAGUGGUAUUGCCUUGUCUGAUGUAAUUAGUAAAAGUGCCACAAUGUAACAUAGCCUAUUCUGUGGCUAGUGAUUGAUAUAAGCUUGAGUGUAUCGUUUUUAAAAAUGGUUGCACGUGUAU